AUGUUUUAUCAACAUAAUUAUGACGCAGUAUUUUACACUGGCAUAUCCAGUUCUAAAAAAGAAACUUUUGAGAAUAUUAAAAGUGAUAUUAUUAAAAAUGAUAAUUUUUUUAAUAAUGAUAAUAAUGAAAGUAAAGUGGAAAUAAAUGACGAUAAAAAUCUACUGAACUGUGAUGAUAAAAAAGAUAUUAAAACAGAAUUAAGUGAUACAAACCCGAUUGAAGACGAGGAAAAAUUACAAGCUGUAAUUGUGCAAUACUGUACUGAUGUGGAAUGGAAAAAACGAUUUAAAAAAAUUACAUUUUUACCUGUAGUGCCUUACAGUCAUCAUGACAUGCCGUGCUCGGUUGAUCCAAGGAGAAUCCGUCAGUGUAUGAAAGCGUGUUUUAGCUUGUUAUUAAAAACUUUACCGAAAUUUGAUGAGACUAUUGAUUGUGAUAAUUAUUAUUCUUUUUUAAAAUCACCGACUAAAGUUAUUAUUAAAAGUGUUGAAGAAAAGUUUUAUUGGAAAGACGAUAUUUUAGCUGAGAAUUUUUUAAUUAAUGAUUGUGCUUUCAGUCAUGAUGGGGGGUUAGUCAGAUCCAGUGACAAUAAAGAUGACGAGUCGGAUGAUGCGGAAUCCAUAGGAUCUUCUGAAGAAACAGAAGAUAGAUCUGAAAGUACAGAAGACUCAUCAAGUGAACAGGUAUCAGAAUCUUCAGAUGAAAUUGAUGCGUCUGAAGAUACAUCUCGAUCAGAAAAUUUAGAUAGAUCUGAUAAUAACUUACCUGAAUCCGUAGAAAAUAUAAAUGAUCGAGUUACUGUAGAUGAAUGUCCAGAAUUGUUAGAUGAAGCUGUAGGGCUAACGUCGCAUGUACCUUUUCAACCUAAAAAAUCUCUUAUUAAAUUGAAAAGUAAGCGAUUUAAUCAAAUUAGCGAUGAGAUAGUUAACGUUGAUGAUUCAUCAGUGAUUAAUGUACCUGAUGUAGAAAAUAUUGUUGAAUCUUUGAAUGAAUCACCAAAUUCUAAUUUAAAAAUAACAUUUAAAAAAUUACACGACGGGACAUGGCACAAUAAUAAUAAUAAUAAUAAUAAUAAUAAUAAUAAUAACAUAUCAAAUUUAAAUGAAACUGAGAUAAGAGAAGAAAAUUUAGCUAAAUUUGAACCAAAAGAAAUUAUGCCAUCGCAAAAAAUUCCAUCAACACAAGAAUCAAAUGGCAAGCGACGUAUAUCACGUAUUAAAAGCUCAAGACAUAAUCCAGAACAAGUUGAAAUAGAUGCUAAGCUUAAAAGAUUGAAAAGAAAGGUUAAAGUUGACAAUAAUAAAACAUACAUUGUAAAACCAAAAUCCUCAUCAACUAAUUUCACUAAAAAAAGGAUUCAAAAAACAAAAGAUAAGGAGACUAGAACUCAGAGUAAUGAUAAUCAAUCUCUAAAUCCUUGUAGACCAUUAAUAAUAGAAAAUCACACACCUUUUCAUACCGAUGUGAUAUAUUCAACUCCUCUCAAACAUGAUCCCGUUAUAAGAACAAAACACUUUGUCCGUAGAAGUAACAAACUUGAAGAUCAUUUUGGCAAGCCGGCAGAUGAGAACGAAAAGGAAGAAAAUGCUAGACUUAUUGCUGAAAGUGAACAAGCUGCACGGGUGAAAUACUCACGCAGAUCUGUAGAUUCUGGAAUUUCAGUGCGUGAUACAUCACCAGUGGAUUUGCCGACGCGUGAUCUUGAGGAAGACGAGGACGACGGGAUUGAGGAUUUUGAUAACUUUAAUAUGAAAUCUUAUCGAGGAAGUUCUUUAGAAAGAAGAGGGAGUUCGAGUCCGAGACAGUCGUUGAGUCAUAGGUGUGAGCAAUCUGAUAAGAAACAUUAUUCUUCACCUAGAUCUAAUGAAAAAUUGAGUAAAGAUAAGAGGAAUAAAAAUUCUGAGAGAUAUCGUUCGAAAGACAGCUCCAGAUCUCACAAAGAUUGUUCAAGAGAUAGAAGUUCUAGAGACAGUUCCAGAUCUGAUCGAAAUUGUUCCAGAGACAGUAGUGUAGUGUCUGAUAGAGAUCGAUCGAGAGAAAGGAGUUCUAGAUCUGAUAGAGAUCGUUCUAAAGAUAAAAGUUGUAGAUCUGAUAGAGAUUGUUCUAAGGAUAAAAGUUCCAGAUCUGAAUCUGAUAGAGAUCGUUCUAAAGAUAAAAGUUCUAGAUCUGAUAAGGAUCGUUCUAAAGAUAAUAGUUCCAGAUCUGAUAAAAAUCGUUCUAAAGAUAGAAAUUCUAGAUCUGAUAGAGAUCUACCAAGACCUUCAAACAGUAGAUCUGCUACAGAACACUCAGAAAAAGUUAUAAAACUUGGUAGAAGUUUAUCAGGAUCAGAACUAACAUCUAGAUCUAAGAAAGAUAGUCUCCUUGGAUGUGAUAGCUCAAAUAAUAUGGAUGAUGAAAUAAAAUAUCGUAUUGCUAAGCAAUUGGAAGGAAUGGCUCGCAAUGAAGUUAAUUACUUCAAAAAAAUCCAAAGCCGGAUUCGUAAACGUAGAAAUUCUCUACAAUCUGCUAGCAAGAACUCAGAAUUACAUUCUUCGACUAGUGAAGAAUGUAGUUCAUCUAAACAAAGAAGAACUUUAUCUAAAAACACUUCUGGCUGUCAAUCAAUUGAUAUUUCUCCAGAUUCUCCUGAAGAUGUCCAUAUAUCUAGCCCAGGUUUACCAUCUCUUUCACCUCUUCCGCAAGAUAUGAACACUGACGUACAAAUUGGCUCGGAAGAAAUGGUAAAAGAUAAUAGUGAUGUGUUAAGUUUGCCGGUUAUUGUUUCGUUUGAAGAACCUUUAAUUGAUGUUAACACUGAUCAAGUAUCUUUACCUACUUGUGAUAAUUUUUCAGUCGGUACAAAUAUUAUUAAUAUAAACUCAAACGAUUUACCUGAAAGUAAUAUUAUGGAUGAUAUUAUUGAUAUUAUUAGCAAAGAUUCUGAGGAAGAUAAAUUAAAAUCUAGCAAUUUAUUUAUUAAUCAGCUAGAAUUAUGUUCCAAGUUACCUUCAGAAUCACCGGGACAAUUGGAAGUAUUAAAUCCAUCUGUCCAAACAAAAUCAUUGGUAGCAACAGUGCCGUCAGAGUCAUCAUUAAACCUUCCAGCAUCUAGUGAAGAAAUAAAAAUUGAACCUGAAAGUGAGACUCAUCAACCAACUGAUGAAUCAAAUUCAAAUGAAUUGACUCUCAAUGAUUCCAACAGGCCUGUUAAUAUUAAAAAGGAACCCUAUGAUUUUCCGGAAGAUGUAGAGUGUAUUACGAUAGAAGAUGAUUUAGUAGCAAUUAGAGAAGAACCAGUGGAAGAAAGUCAAUUAAUAGACAAUAUUAACUCCUUUAAUAUUAGUUCUCCUUCAACUUCUUCAGGAUUUAUUCGCGCAAUUCGGCCUACAGAACUUGGCGCUAGAUCGGAUUGUUUUACACCAGCGCCAGCAGUGAUACAAGAUAGUCUGGAAACUUUCCAAGUAUCUCAACAGAAUAUACCGAAUACUCAGAAAGGUACGUUGGGGGUGUCUUUCCAACAGUCUCAAUAUCUGCGUGGAAGUCACAAUCUUCCACCACAAGUUUCAAUUCCACGUAGAGGCCGUGUUAAUAAGCGACAAACUAAAAGUAAUGUUAAUUGUAAUACUUUAGCUAAUUCUUCUGAGUUGUGUGCUCGUUUGCUUUGCAAUGCUAAUCAAUUUGAUCAUUCAUCUCCAUCAUCUUCAUCAUCAUCUUCAAUACCAGCUACAACGGCAACAAUAUCAACAGUUACAGCGAAAACAGUAACACCACCAGCAAUCAUACCAACAUCUGUUAGUACACAAGGUAGUAUACAAUUAACGAUUGAAGAAAUAUUAUUGCUUGAACAAUAUCUUGUCGGAGAUAUAGAAGCUAAGUUGUUGUCAAUUCUCAAAAGUAUUGACACAACAAUUAAGUGCUAUGAAUAUUUACGUAACACGCUACUAGAUAAUGCAAGUCGACAAAAGGGGCGAAGAAGUUUUACCCAGUGUGUUGACGCGGUGUUUGAGUUAAUGAGCCAGUUAGAUUUAAAAAUGAAACAGCCCAGCGAACGUGACUCUGCAAGUAAGCUACUUUUUGCUUAUAGCAAAAAAAUUGAGAGUCCAAUAAAUUUAAAUAUAAUGAACACAAUUAAGUGUUGGUAUUCUCAAGUGAUUGAUGAAAUAAAAUUACAUGAUGCUCAAGAGCCGAUACAAUCUGAAUCAUCAGCAACUACUUGUCCAUCGGUACCCCCUAGACAACAAUAUCAAAAUCAACCACUACAACUUCAAAAUCAACAAGACUACGCUGUUUUAAAAGGAGCGCUUGCCAGUCCUACGGUUCAUUCUCAACCAGCCAAAAAUCUACCACCACCGCAAUAUCCAAUGAAAAACGCCGUAUAUCAAAUAACCCAUCCAUUUGAUGAUUCAGCAACCAAUGCCCCGCCAAAUUACAUCGUGGGUGUCAAUUCUAUAACCAAGCAAGUCCGGAUGGCCCCCAAUAAUUCAGCUGCUGGUGCUACAAGUAGUAACUUACCAUCAUAUCAAUCUGCAGUUGCUGCUAAUACUUUAAAAUAUCCAUCAUCUCACUACCAAGCACCAGUUCCAAUUAAUACCGCGAGAUAUCCAUCAGCAGAAGUGUCUUCUCACUCUCCAUCAUCAGGAAAGCUUCCAGUUUCAUCUCAAAAUUCAGCUUUAGUUCACACACAAUCUAAUCAAGUGCAUCCGCUGAUACAGAAUCAAGUACCAGGCCAAUCACAAUCUUCUCAGCAAGUACCAGCUCAAUAUCAAUCACAAAUGCCGAAUCAAGCGUUGCAGUUACCACAACACCCAAUGGUACCUCUAAUGCAAAUAACAAAUCCUAAUUCAGUGCAAAAUAUGGCUCGGACUCAAGCGGCAAUGUAUUCUGUGAAUCAUCAAGUCAUUAAUAAUUCAAAUUAUCAGAAUAUUACUUCAGAAAUGAGCCAUCAAACUUACUCCAGCCAAAAUAAUCAGUAUUUUUCUCUCCAACAUCAUAACACUCAUGCUAAACAGCCGAGUGCGGUAAAUUCACAAAAUAUUAAUUUAUUCCAUCAAAUGACAGCUGCACCAGCACCCAGUAUGUCAUUAUCGCAAAAUGUCCAAGCUAUUCAUGCCAAUGUGAAUCAAUAUCAAGUGAGUCAGCCGUCUGUUACUGUUAGUCAAAGUGCAACAGCCGCAACAGCAACGCACACUGCAGUGAAUCAAGCUCCGACAUUUUCAAACACAAAUACUAAUUUGACUGAACAAACUAGUGCUGUUAAUUUGAGUAAAAAUUCAGGAAAUGAAGUUCAAGUUGUAACUCAGGUUAGAACUCAAGCGACAACUUAUGAUCGACAAGUCUCGGUAAUUCAGUCUCAAGCUAGUGAUAAUCAGACUACGAUUAGAACACAAACUUCUGCUGUUAGUAAUCAAGUUCCAGUGGUUAAUAAUCAAGUUCCGGUGGUUAAUAAUCAAGUUCCAGUGAUUAAUAACAUUUCUAUUGUUGAUAGUCAAGUUAAUGUUAACUCACAAGCACCAGCUUUGUUUCAAAGCCAAACUUUGACCAUACAAAGUCAAUCUACAGUUAUUGAUAAUCCGCCGCUAGCUCAAAAUAAUAUUCUAACUAAUAAUGUUAUUAUAAAUAAUGAAACACAAGUUGCGAAUAAUAAACCUAAUAGUGGAGAACAGAUAGACAGGCCUGUAUUUAUUUGGUGCAUUGCGCUGGCUCAAAUUGAUAAUUCAACUGCUCAAAAUUCACCAAGUAAUAAUAAUACAGCUUCUAUAACUGAAGAUUCUGUAAAAAAUACACCUUUAGUGAAUGAAAGUAACAAUUUAAAUAAACAGGCUGAAAAUUCGAGUUUAAACGCUAAUAAUUUACCUGAAAUUUGUGAAGAAAUGAAUGUAAAUGAUGAAGAAUCAGCUUCAAAUGCUGUCACAAAAUCAUCUGAAGAUAAUCUGAGUUUGGUAAAUAAAAUUCCUGAUGUACCGACAGCUGCAGUACCGACUAAUAGUAAAGAAAAAUCUUAUGAAAGAUUGCCGUUGAAGAAACGGUUGAAUCAGGACUAUAAUACUCAACAAUGUUCACCUACAAAAAAAUCCAGGGAUCGGGUAGAAGUUAAUAAAGUGAUUUUUAAUUAUGGAUCUGAAGCUAUGGCUAUUGAUUCAACGGAAAAUAAUUCUGCAGAUAAAGAAGAUUUAAUAAAAAGUAGUGAAGAUAUAUGUAGCAGUGUUUUAAAAGAUAAAAGUUCUAAAGAAGAAAAAGUUCUUGAUCAUCAGCCGGUAGUAUUGAAUAUAAUUCCAGAAAAUGAGCUUGUUUUAUUGUCUGGGUCAGAUGAAGACACUAAUAAUGAAAGUAGAGAAGAAAUGGCGACUAAUAUUGAUCAGAUAGAAAAAUUGGUUGUUGAUUUUAUUCAAAAUAAAGAAGAAAUGUUGUUGGGUAAUCAAGAAAUAUUAGAUAUUGAAGCUAAUAAGGUUGAUAAGGGUAAAAAUCAACAAUCUGAUUUAUUGCAACAAGAACUGGAUGUAGAAAAUGAAGUGUCUAGUUCAACGGAAAUAAAUACAGUGAAUAAAACAAGUUUAGAAGUAACUAAAAAGGUUGAUGCGGAAACUGAUGUCUCAACAAGUUUUGAUGAUAAAAGUUGCAAGUCGAAGCAAAUAGAAUUAGUGACGCUUGAUAGCGAUGAAGAAAGUGAUGAUGAAGCUAACAUUGAAACAGAAGUUGAAGAUAAUGAUGAAGAUGAUAAUGGUAAUGAUGAUAGUGAUAAUAAAUCUCACUCUACUGUUCCGGCUACGCCACUCAAAACUGACCCGGAAGAAGAAAUAGGAGAAGAAAUGGAGGUAGAACAAUUUAAGUACACCCAGUCGUCAAUUGAUGAAGAAAUAGACUGCGUUGCUAUUGCUAAUAAUUCUUCAGUGGUUGAAAAGCCGGCUGAGGAUAAUAAUAAAGAUGAUGAUGUUGAUAAUCAAGAAAGUUCUAUUCCGCUUAUCAUGGGAGUCUGCAGCAUCACUGAAGAUGCUUUUGAGACUAUUGAUAAAUCUGUGGCGCAAGUUAUGAUGGAGGAUAUAGUUGAUGUUACUGAUCAAGAAAAAAAUAGUGUCGCUUUGGACAAUGGAGAUAGUGAAGAUAUCAUUAAAUUGGAAUAA